CAGGGGGCAGGCUCACUUCGAAAGCAAGCAGGUUCACUUCUGAUACACACAACCGUAGCGCCACGAGGGACCGGCCGGGCUGCACCUCCCCAAUGGAGUUGAUGAAAUAAUCCGCACCGUGGAAACAACUUGUUAGAACGCGUUUGCUGAUUUGAUUCGUGCAGGCGCCGCCGCCUUCGUUUAACCAGGUGCGAUGAUCCCCGUUACGGAAUUCAAGCAGUUCACAGACCAGCAGCCAGCCUUCCGGGUCCUCAAGCCGUGGUGGGAUGUCUUCACGGAGUACCUGUGCAUCACCAUGCUGAUGAUUGGCGUGUUUGGCUGCACCUUACAGGUAACUCAAGACAAGAUCAUCUGUCUCCCCAGUCACAUUUCAGCUGACUCCCCGGGCGAAAUUGACUGCCAGCAGUUUGUGGAGAGGAGCCGCAAUGCCAGCAGUAAGGCCUUGACUCCAGUGUCAUCUUCUAGUCCUAGCCCUGUUGCCCAAGGGGCUGUCCGUGAGAUGAAUGGUCUUAAGAACAAUCUGGACCUCCAGCAGUACAGCUUCAUAAACCAGAUAUGCUAUGAGCAGGCUCUCCACUGGUAUGCCAAGUACUUCCCGUAUCUUGUGGUGAUCCACACGCUCAUCUUCAUGAUUUGCAGCAGCUUCUGGUUCAAGUUCCCUGGAACGAGCUCCAAAAUCGAGCACUUCAUUUCUAUCCUGGGCAAGUGCUUUGACUCCCCUUGGACCACACGGGCCCUCAGUGAGGUGUCCGGCGAAGGUCAGGAUGAUAAGAAUGGAGCCAGUAAGCUCAAAGCUAGUGCUCCUCUCUCCAAGUCUAACUCUGACGUGUCUAGGGUUGAGGUGGCCGCAGGGAAUGACGAAACUGUAAGCUUAGUGCGCUCCCCCUCUGUCAAGUCCCUCCCUGAUAAAAUUGUGGUCGAGCAGCCUGGAGCCUCCGUCCUGGACAAGAAGGAGGGAGAGCAGGCCAAGGCCUUGUUUGAGAAGGUGAAGAAGUUCAGGGUUCAUGUAGAAGAAGGUGACAUCCUGUACUCCAUGUAUGUGCGGCAGACGAUUCUGAAGGUGUGCAAGUUUGUGCUGAUUAUCAUCUAUAAUGCAGCUUUGGUCCCCAACAUCAAUUUUAUAGUUCCGUGCUCCUUAGGAGUAGAAGAUAUGACAGGCUAUGACAGCUUCUGCUGCAACCACACCAAGGCCCAUCUGUUCUCCAAGUUAGCUAUUUGCUAUAUCUGCUUUGUGGGGGUCUAUGGCCUGCUGUGCCUCUACACCCUCUAUUGGCUCUUUCACCGACCCCUGAAGGAGUACUCCUUCGAAUACGUCCGCCAAGAAACGGGCAUCAGUGACAUACCGGAUGUGAAGAACGACUUUGCCUUCAUGCUGCACCUCAUCGACCAGUACGAUUCGUUGUACUCUAAGCGCUUUGCAGUAUUCCUCUCAGAGGUCAGUGAGAGCAAACUGCGGCAGCUAAACCUGAAUCACGAGUGGACUGCCGAUAAGCUGCGGCAGCGGCUGCAACGUAAUGCCCACAACCGCCUGGAGCUCCAUCUCUUCAUGCUGUCGGGUCUUCCAGACACCGUCUUUGAAAUCGCAGAAGUGGAGUCAUUGAAGCUGGAGCUCUUGAACGAUGUCGCCAUCCCUCCUCUGAUCUCCCAACUGGUCUGCCUGGAGGAACUGACGUUAUUCAACUGCCCCGCCAAGCUGCAACUGGCCGCCCUGUCAUUCCUGCAGAGCCACCUCAAAGUCUUGCGGGUCAAGUUUGAUGAUCUUCGCCAGCUUCCUCUGUGGAUGUAUACGCUGAAUAGUCUUGAAGAACUGCACCUGAUUGGCUCCCUCACACAAGAGCUCUCUAAAAACAUCUCUCUGGACUCUUUAAGGGAGCUGAGGAACCUGAAGAUCCUGACUAUUAAGAGUAACCUGAUUAAGAUCCCCCAGAGUGUGGUGGACGUAGCCACCCAUCUGCAAACACUGUGCAUCUACAACGACGGCACUAAGCUGCUCACUCUGAACAAUGUGAAGAAGCUCUUCAACCUCACGCACCUGGAGCUGGUCCACUGUGACCUGGAGCGCAUCCCACAUGCCAUCUUCAGUCUGAACAACCUGCAGGAGCUGGAUCUGAAAGAGAACCACCUCAAGUCCAUCGAGGAGAUUCUGAGCUUCCAGCACUGCCGCCGCCUGACUACUCUCAAGCUGUGGUACAACAGCAUCACCUACAUCCCCGAGCACAUCAGGAAGCUCAAAUCCCUGGAGCGCCUGUUCCUGAGUCACAAUAAGAUUGACACGCUCCCAUCUCAGCUCUUCCUGUGCACAAAGCUGCGUCACUUGGAUCUCUCCUACAACUACAUCCGAGUCGUACCUCCGGAAGUCGGUGUGCUGCAGAGUCUCCAGUACCUGUCUCUGUCCAACAACUCCCUCGAUUCCAUCCCGGACGAGCUGUUUUUCUGCAAAAAGCUCAGGACCUUUAAGCUGGCUAAUAAUAACCUCACAUCGCUCUCUCCCAAAGUGGGCAACUUAACCUUGCUCACCAAACUGGACCUGAAAGGAAACCACUUGGAGGUUUUGCCCUUGGAAAUUGGGGAGUGUAGCUCUCUCAGGCGCGCUGGCCUCAUUGUGGAGGACACCCUGUUCGAUCUUCUGCCGCCUGAGAUUCGAGAGCAAAUGAAAGAUGAUUAAAUGUCGAUCGUGGGGUUUGGAUGGUGGGCAGGCUGGCGUGUCCAUUAAGUAUCAUUUUUAAAUGGAGGGUUAAUUCACAAUAUAGUUGAGGUUUGCCCAUUUUUGUAUUUUUUGUUGACAAUUCUAAAUGAAAUCUACCCCACUUUAUGCUGCAUGAGGACAAAUGCUGGGCCCUACUAUAGUGUGCCUCCCCCUUCCUUAACUGUGCCUUUCACUCACCAUUUAAGAGAGAGAUCAGCCCGAGGUGUGCUGAUUGAUUGACCUCUCAUUGAAGUCAGAUAGUUUUCACCAUUAAUUUCUCAUCGUCCACAUGGCUAAGACUUUUUGCAGAUCUUAUCCUAAUAAUGUGAACCAAGUGCAUGUGCAGUGGGGGAAUUUUGUCACGUUAAAACCCUAAAAGAAAUGAAGGAAGCGUGCAUCAUCUCGCAGCCGUGUGGCGACGUUAGCUUUCUAACUUCUAUUUAGUUCUCUCAGUCGAUCAAUCUCCUGCGUGUUCUCGCUUGUUACGUCUCUCGCGUGCUCUCCAUUUCCCUCUGUUUCCUCAACUUCAAUCUCCCUUCCUGUUUCCUACAUACCCUUGUCAGGAUCCUAUCCCUCUACUAUGUACUUUGCUUGUUCAGACGGUCUCUCUUCCUCUGCUACCAUGCACAUUCUCCAUCUCUGCAAUGCUCUCUGUUUAUCUCAUGCACACAAGAACUGCUUGGCCCUCCUUCUCUCUCUCCCUCUGCCUCAUUUUGUCUCAUUUUCACUUCUCUCUCUUCCUCUCUCUCUCUCUUCAAGCCCUGUCACAUUACGUGAUUUUUUUUUUUUUUUAACAUCGAUUUUCAUUCGCGAUUUGGAGACAGUCGUGACUUAAUUUCUUGACUUCCAGUUGUGUCGUCUGAUAGCCCCAGGAAUUCAGUCUCAGUUAUGAUUUUUUUUUGCAUAUUUUUUGAUCGUGUAAAAAAAUUAAUCAAUCAAAGUCAGAGUUUUUGGGGCAUCUUGUGGCCAUCCCCGUAUACUUUUAACAAGAAAACGUGUGUUAGAUUACAGAAAGAGAGUUGUCCCAACUUGGAGACUCUUUCAAAUUUCAGGCAUUCUGGGAAGAAGGGGCGGGCCCGGUGGACAGAACCUGGAAGUGAUGUCAGAGAGGGAACGGUGUUCUUUUCUGCUGAGGAAAGUGUAGAGAGGGCGACAUGGUGGCGCAGUGGGUAGCGCUGCUGCCUCGCAGUUGGGAGACCUGGGGACCUGGGUUCGCUUCCUGGGUCCUCCCUGCGUGGAGUUUUCAUGUUCUCCCUGUGUCUGUGUGGGUUUCCUCCCACAGUCCAAAGACAUGCAGGUUAGGUGGACUGGCGAUUCUAAAUUGGCCCUAGUGUGUGCUUGGUGUGUUUGUGUGUGUGUCCUGCGGUGGGUUGGUGCCCUGCCCGGGAUUGGUUCCUGCCUUGUGCCAUGUGGUGGCUGGGAUUGGCUCCAGCAGACCCCCGUGACCCUGUGUUCGGAUUCAGCGGGUUGGAAAAUGGAUGGAUGGAAAGUGUAGAGAGAUUGUUCUCACACAGCGCCAUCUCCUGUCUCGGCGGAGAAUUAUCACCUCCUCACCCUUUAAGCCGCUUCCCAUGUGUACGCAUGCGAGUGACAAUAGUUAAGUGGUACGAUGUUGUUGGGGUUUUAGGGUCAAAGAUUCCUUUCCUGUCCUUAUUUGUUAAAUUUUCGUAAUAGUAACUUUUUUUUUUAUGUCUUAGACGCCAUUUUAGGUAUCCAUCACUAGGUCCGUGUUCCGCAUUUCUAAGGCGUGGCCACAGAGGUUGGUAAUCGGAACGAUCUGCGGAUACCUAAGGACUUUCAAAACCCCUUUGCUAAUUUUCUUGCGAUUACCGUUUGCUGUUGACCUCGUUGCUUGUGUGUUUUGACUGGGAUCGUUCUCUCUGGUUGUUAUUUUUGAUCCCCUAGCUUUGACCCUUUUUUUUUUUGGUGCUUUUACGCACAUGUCCUGGUUUUUUCUCAAACAUUUUACUUGCUACUUUGCUGUCGGAAUGGUCUAAACAGUUCAUGAUUCCCUCCAAUUUAAUAUAACUUUCAUUUUUUAUUUUUAGUUUUAGACCUGGGCUCUGCAUGUACAGUACUGUGUAAAAGUUUUAGGCAGGUGUGAAAAAAUGCUGUAAACAAAGAAUGCUUUCAGAAAUAUAAAUAACGAUUGUUUAUUGUUAUCAAUUUACAAAAUGCAAAGUGAGUGAACAAAAGACAAAUCUAAAUCAAAUCAAUAUUUGGUGUUCCUACCUUUUGCCUUCAAACCAGCAUCAAUUCUUACAGGUCCACUUGCACAAAGUCAGGGAUUUUGUAGGAUUCUAGUCAGGUGUCUGAUCAGCCAAUUCUACCAAACAGGUGCUAAUGAUCAUCAAUGUCACACGGAGGUUGAAACACAGUCAGUAACUGAAACAGAAACAGCUUAAAACUGGGUGAGGAACAGCCAAACUCUGCUACCAAGGUGAGGUUGUGAAGACAGUUUCAUGUCAUGGCGAGAUUGAGCACAGCAACAAGACACAAGGUAGUUCUACUGCAUCAGCAAGGUCUCUCCCAGACAAAGAUCUCAAAGCAGACUGGGGUUUCAAGAUGUGCCGUUCAAGCUCUUUUGAAGAAGCACAAAGAAACGGGCAACGUUGAGGAUCGUAGACGCAGUGGUCGGCCAAGGAAACUUAGUGCAGCAGAUGAAAGACACAUCAAGCUUAUUACCCUUCGAAAUCGGAAGAUGUCCAGCAGUGCCAUCAGCUCAGAACUGGCAGAAACCAGUGGGACCCAGGUACACCCCAUCUACUGUCCGGAGAAGUCUGGCCAGAAGUGGUCUUCAUGGAAGAGUUGCAGCCAAAAAGCCAUACCUCCGACGUGGAAACAAGGCCAAGCGACUCAAGUAUGCACUAAAACAUAGGAACUGGGGUGCAGAAAAAUGGCAGCAGGUGCUCUGGACUGAUGAGUCAAAAUAUGAAAUAUUUGGCUGUAGCAGAAGGCAGUUUGUUCAUCGAAGGGCUGGAGAGUGGUACAAUAAUGAGUGUCUGCAGGCAACAGUGAAGCAUGGUGGAGGUUCCUUGAAUGUUUGGGACUGCAUUUCUGCAAAUGGAGUUGGAGAUUUGCUCAGGAUUAAUGGUGUUCUCAAUGCUGAGAAAUUCAGGCAGAUACUUAUCCAUCAUGCAAUACCAUCAGGGAGGCGUAGGAUUGGCCCCAAAUUUAUUCUGCAGCAGGACAACAACCCCAAACAUACAGCCAAAGUCAUUAAGAACUAUCUUCAGCAUAAAGAAGAACAAGAAGUCCUGGAAGUGAUGGUAUGACUCCCACAGAGCCCUGAUCUCAACAUCAUCGAGUGUGUCUGGGAUUACAUGAAGAGACAGAAGGAUGUGAGGAAGCCGACAUCCACAGAAGAUCUGGGGUUAGUCCUCCAAGAUGUUUGGAACAACCUACCAGCCGAGUUCCUUCAAAAACUGUGUGCAGGUGUACCUAGAAGAAUUGAUGCUGGUUGAAGGCACACCAAA